AUGGACUUGGAGAUGCUGUUGAACAGGGCCCCUCCAGAAAAGCAUCUUCGAGAUGCUUAUAAUCAACUCAGAAAGAGGGGAAUUCCACGAGCUUCAAACCAAGUAAAUUACAGUCUCAUAUACAGGAAUCCUGAGGAAAAUGGUGUGAAGGCUGAUUGUGAUGAGCUGGGGAUCACUUUAAUUCCAUAUUCUCCUAUUGCUCAAGGCAUGAUUCAUAUAUUUGGAGUAGCUCUGAACUGGUUGACAUGUCAGGAGAAUGUUGUGCCCAUCCCUGGAGCCAAAAAUGAGGAACAGGCUAAGGAGUUUGUUGUUGCUCUUGGGUGGAGGCUCACAGAUCAAGAGGUUGCGCAGCUUCACUCGCUAGCAUCUAAAUCCAGACAAGCUGUUGGAUUACCUCUUGAUAAAUUGUAA